GAUCGCUGUGAGUUCGAGACCAACCUGGGCUACAUAAUUGGCCUGGGCUAAAACAUCAAAAGACCCUAGGGUUGCUGCAGGUCAACAGUCCCCACUGGAGAAAAAGAUCUUGGUAAAUAAGUUAUCUUCACAGCAUAUAAUUUGGAACUACUAAGACAACAAACCCUAAGUUUAAAAUCCUUCUAUCCAUCAUUAGCCAGGCAUGGUGGCACACAUCUGUAAUCCCAGUCCUCAGGGUGCUGGGGCAGGAGGAUCACUGUGAGUUCAAGGCCAGCCUUUAACAUAGUGAACUAAAGGCCAGUCUGAACUACACGGCCAGACCUGUCGCAAAACAAAAACGAACACCCGCCCCCUCUCCAAAAUAAGUGAUGCCAUCAGGUAGCAUCUCUACACUGGCUCAUAUUUCCCAGCCAUUUCCAUAGUUACAAAACAAAGUAUGGGCUGAUGUUCUAACCAAGCAAGUUGGAACUAUAGAGAUGUGACAUGCUCUGAGUCAGAUUUGAGACUGCUUAUUUAAAGCUGGUGACCAAGAGGGGCUAGUGCAGGGAAAGAACCCUAGGCACCAAGAAGCGGUUUGAUUUCUCCUUUUAAACCAUGCUUCCAGUUGGGGAGGGUUCAAGGGGAGAGCAAAUAGCAUUUUACAGAAGCAGAACCUCAUGCCGGGUUAGUUGGGAGGGCAAGAAGCAGUAUCAUGUACUAGAUAACUACAAAACAUUACUACAAAAGAAAACUACUAGAUAACCUACAAAACAUUCUGCAGCUGCAGCAAGUGUUCUGCCAAAUGGGAUGUGGGGUUUGGGUGCUUUGUCUAGCCCAAGCACAAAAUGGUGAUGAGGCUCAAGAUGGAGUUGGGUUGGCUAUCACACCAAGUCUCCCUCAAAAACGCAAAGUCCUGAGUUCAAUCCUUGGUACUGGAAAAAAAAAAGUAUCAUUUUGAACUCUCCCAAUAGUAUACAUUUUUAAAACUAGUUAUUGACUUGUGGUGGGUACUUCAUACUUUUAGAGCUCUCAGGCUUGCUUGGGAAUAAGGGGACUCAAAAUUAUUACACUAAAUAAAACCAUGUAUCUUGUUGGUGUUGGAAGGGAUGGGCUCCUGUUUAAAUGUGUACAAAGAAAAAACAUGAUCACAUUAUAAAACCCCAAACCUUUGACAGAACCUAGGUGGCAUGCAUACAACAGCAGCAAGAUACUUGAUAACUCAGAAACGUCAAGAGGAGUAUGAAACACUCUGUAGGGAGCAGGCUCGUUCUCUUGACUACUGGUUUGCCAAAGCAGAGUCCUACUAUAAUAAAAGAACAUUGGACAUAAUGGAAAAAGAGAUGAUGGGCAAUGAAAUAAAGAUGAAAAUGGAGGAGGAAAGAACCCAAGGCAUAGAGGAACAAAAGCAUUACUAUGUAGUACCCGAGAGAGAGAGGAAACAGAUAGAAAGGCACAUACAUCGAAUAGGCCAGGUCAAAGGAUGUAAGCACAGAACAUUUAGACAACCACAACCCCUCAGUGAAAUGUUACCGAAAAUUAUGCCAGAGAAGCAUGGUAUCCAGAAAGCACAGAGAAGAAAGCAGGUAAAUGAAAGAGAACAGAUACAAAUUAAGGAUCACCAGGAACGCAUGAUUCGAGGGAGAGAACUUACACAGCAAAGACUCAAGGAAAGAAUUCUGAGAAAAAGUCAGAGCCAGCCACCUACACAUGAAAAGUGUGGGAGAGCAAAGAAGGACAUCAGAGAGCUCGAGAGAGUUCCUGCGUAUCCACUUUUCCAGCCAUGCGGUAGAAGUCGGGUGCAAGUGACUGUUCUUAUGGAAAAGUCUCAGACCAGAGAGGAAGUGGAUACAAUUCUAAAACCAAGUGAAAGAAAACACUUGGCUCUACCCCACUUUUUGGGACGUCAAAUAGAAAAAUAAAACCUUAAUAAAUGUCAGUAAAGUCUCAGUGCUUUUGUGAUGAAAUUGUAUCUUUUGAUUGAACAUAUGAGAAAAGGAAAAAAUGGGAACAAAGU